CAGCAGUUGCUAUGAAAUCAACCAAAUUCAGCCAGUCCAACCUUUCAUCGGCCAGUUGUGACACAUUCAUGUUUUGAAAUUCCUGUGACAGACUGUGUGUUUUUUUUUAGUUUUUUUUUUAAACGUGAUACUGUGACGUUAAUGAGCCCAUGCCUGCUGGCAUCCUUCGUGGUUAUCACUGCUAAAUGUCACUUCUGAUUCGCAAUACGGACUAAUUAAAUAAGUAACUGUAAACUGCAUCCUCCAAUAUUUACUUUGGAUCCGUGGAUCCAAAAUGAUGCCCUAUAUGUGGUCCUACCUGGGGGUUUCAGGGGAUGUUAUUUAUUUGUUUAUCAAUUUAAAGUCAUUACAGCCAGUUAAUAUGCAUAAAAGUGUGUUUCAAUCCCUACAAAUAUGCCUAGAAAAUUAUAACCACUAUUUGCAAAAUCUAUAUCCACGUGGGUCUUCUUCACUUGGAUUUUUAGAUAGAGAUAAUACAAAUAUGACUGUAGAGAUGUUAUAUUAACGCUGAUAUGGACCGCAAUACUGUAUGUCAUUCGGCUCAUGUCAUUUGAAUUACCAUUAAGGGAAGUGUGAGAGACCGCCCCACUAUCCGCUGCAUCCAACUCGCUUUCACACUUGGGUUCAUUCACACACACUUUUCCCACCGGGAUGGAGCCGCUUCAGCCAGUACGCAGAGCCAGCGGGGAACACACACGCUUCCACACGGCACACAUGGCUGCAAAUGUAUGGCGAACAUCCUCCGCGUUCAUCUGGAUAAUUACACUAGUUUCAAGUUCGAGGACAAGGAUUUAUCCACCCAAUGAAGUGACCCUGCUGGAUACCAGGACAGUGCCAGGAGAGCUGAAAUGGGCAGCCAGUCCCUCAGAGGGAGGGUGGGAAGAGGUGAGUAUCAUGGAUGAGAAGAACAUCCCCAUCAGAACAUACCAAGUGUGUAACGUCUUAGAACCCAAUCAAAACAACUGGCUGAGAACUGACUGGAUCCCUCGGUCUGGUGCUCAGCGGGUCUACGUUGAAGUCAAGUUCACCCUGAGAGACUGUAACAGCCUGCCAGGGGUCACUGGCACCUGCAAGGAGACAUUCAAUCUGUACUACCACGAGUCAAACGAAGACAGAGAGAGCUACAUCAAAGAGAGCAGCUUCAUUAAGGUGGACACUGUGGCAGCAGACGAGAGUUUCACCCAGGUGGACGUCGGAGACCGCAUCAUGAAACUGAACACUGAGGUGCGUGACGUAAAGGUCACGACCCGGAAGGGCUUCUACCUGGCCUUUCAGGAUGUUGGUGCCUGCAUUGCUUUGGUUUCCGUCAGGGUUUUCUACAAAACCUGCCCGCUCACCAUCCGUAACCUGGCAACCUUUCCCGACACAGUUACCGGGGCUGACACUUCAUCGUUAGUGGAGGUUAGGGGGUCUUGUGUGAACCAAUCAGAAGAGAGAGAGGAGCCUAAAAUGUACUGCGGUGCUGAUGGAGAGUGGUUGGUUCCUAUUGGUGGAUGUCUUUGUAACCCAGGAUAUGAAGAGAAGGCCGGUGCAUGUAAAGCCUGUGCUCCAGGUUUCUACAAGGCCAAGUCUUCAGAUGCGGGAUGUUUUAAGUGUCCUCCACAUAGCCACUCACUCAGAGACGGGGCGACUGCCUGUGACUGCCACUCUGGGUACUUCCGCGCUGACACAGACCCUCCAUCCAUGGCUUGUACCCAGCCGCCAUCAGCACCACAGCAGCUGAUCUCAGUGGUGAAUGAGACCUCUGUGGUCCUGGAGUGGAGCCCCCCUCGCCGGCUAGGAGGACGAACCGACACCAGCUACGGCCUGGAGUGUCUCAUUUGUCCAACUGGGAGUCAAACAGGCAGCCACAGUCAAAAUGGUGGUAAAGCCCCCCCCAGGAAUCACAGUGUCUCCCAGGCUGAGGCUCAGCACAGUGGCCUGGGGAUGCAGUCGGACCAGGGCAUUGUGGGAUCUGAGGUCCAGUCAGAGAGAGGUGUCUUUCAGAGAGAUUACUCCAGACUCGGCUCAGGCUCCGUCUCCGGUUCUCAGCUCUGCCUGCCCUGCGGCUCAGAUGUGCUCUUCUCUCCCAGCCAGACGGGCCUGAGGACCACUAGGGUGGUGGUGAGCGAGCUCAAGGCCCACACUCACUACACCUUCAUCGUCCACGCACUCAAUGGGGUCUCCCAGGCCAGCGGUACAGGGGCAUCCCAGAGUGUGUCUGUCACCGUCACCACCAACCAAGCUGCUCCCUCUCCAGUGUCGUCCAUCCAAGCCACCGAUGUAACCAGGCAUAGUUUGUCGUUGUCGUGGCAACAGCCAGAUCGACCUAACGGGGUCAUCCUGGAAUACGAGGUCAAGUUCUAUGAAAAGGAUCAGAGAGAGAGGUCCUACCGCAUAAUGAGGACUUUCUCUCGGAGUGUCGAUGUCACGGGUCUCAACCCCCUUACUGUGUACGUGUUCCAUGUGCGUGCUCGCACGGCUGCUGGAUACGGAGAGUUCAGCACCCCGUUUGAAUUCUCCACCAAUUCAGAUCCCUUCCCUCUGAUUGGAGAAGGAGUUAACUCAGCCUUCCUGCUGCUGUCUUUAAGCGGGGUUGGAAUAUUACUGCUGAUAUCUGCAGCUGUCUUCAUCAUUAGCCGCAGGAGGAGCAAGUACAGUAAAACAAAGCAGGACUCAGAAGAGGAGAAACAUCUUAACCCAGGAGUUAAAAUCUACGUGGACCCAUUCACCUAUGAAGAUCCUGAUCAGGCCAUCCACGAGUUUGCCAAAGAGAUUGAUGUUAGCAGUAUUCACAUCGAGAGAGUUAUUGGCAUGGGAGAGUUUGGGGAGGUGUGCAGUGGUCGGCUGCAUAUGCAGGGAAAGAGGGAGAUCUAUGUGGCCAUCAAGAGUCUGAAGGCAGGAUACUCUGACAAACAGAGGAGGGACUUCCUGUCUGAGGCCUCCAUCAUGGGACAGUUUGAUCAUCCAAACAUCAUCAGGCUGGAAGGUGUUGUGACAAGAUGUAAGCCAUUGAUGAUCAUCACAGAAUACAUGGAAAAUGGAUCUCUGGAUGCUUUUCUUCGGAAACAUGAUGGCCAGUUCACAGUGAUCCAGCUGGUUGGCAUGCUGCGCGGCAUUGCCUCAGGUAUGAAGUACCUGUCAGAUAUGAACUACGUUCACCGAGACUUGGCAGCUCGAAACAUCCUGGUCAACAGCAACCUGGUGUGUAAGGUGUCUGACUUUGGCCUGAGUCGGGUUCUGGAGGACGACCCAGAGGCUGCCUACACUACAAGGGAGGCCAUUGGGACUUACCUUUCCCCUGGAGGGAAGAUCCCCAUCAGAUGGACGGCUCCAGAGGCCAUAGCCUACAGGAAGUUCACCACGGCCAGUGAUGUGUGGGGUUACGGUAUUGUCAUGUGGGAGGUGGUUUCAUAUGGAGAGAGACCCUACUGGGACAUGAACAACCAGGACGUGAUUAAAGCGAUAGAGGAGGGCUACCGCCUGCCUGCUCCCAUGGACUGUCCUGUGGUUCUGCAUCAGCUCAUGUUGGAUUGCUGGGAGAGAGAGCGAGCAGACAGACCCACCUUCAGCCAGAUACUCAACAUGUUGGACAAGCUCAUCCGUAACCCCGGGACUCUGCGCCGGACAGGAGGGGACAGACCCACAGCCACUAUGUUGGAGUCAGGAGUGGGUCCAGAGCUGUGUGUGUCAGUCGUACCGGAGGUGUGUGUGCCCGAGUGGUCUGUGUGUGAGUGGCUGCAGUCCAUCGGGUUGGAGAGGUACAGAGAUACUCUGGCAGCAGCAGGAUACACCAGCCUUGACAGCUUACUGGCUCUCACACACCAGGAGAUGGACAGACUUGGAAUAAUCACACCAUCACACCAGGACAUACUAAUUGCUAGUGUGCAGCAAGAAAUGUUGUCUCAAAUGCAGCACAUGCAACACACAAUGGUUCCAGUCUGAGGCGGAGAAUGGAUACAAACCUGUUUUGAGAAGAAUUUCAUUUACCUCAUCCAUGCACUUUAGAGGGACUUUUCACCAGUGGAAAUAAAAGGAGCGGAGUAAAAUAAAUAAGUAUCAAGUGAGAAGAAGAGAGAGAAAGCAGCACUUUUGUGAACUUCCAUACCGUGGAGUUUUCUAAAAACCGUGAUCUGGACGUGGCCACAGAUAGCAUUAAGCUACUGAGAGCUUAGACUGAAGCCUCAUCCUCUUAUCUCGUUCGAUUUUUCAUGAUUUUAUUAUCUGUUUCGUGAAGGCUGACAUGUAAGGCUGUGCAUAAGCAGAAUGGCUUCCAACCUUUUUCUUUUCGCUGCUUUGGGCUUGACUUGAAUAAAAAUGUGUUUUCUGUUUGCUCGUAUAUCUGCGUGUAUGUGUGUGCGUGUGUGUGUGUGUGUGUGAGUGUGUGUGUGUGGUGUGCAUAGCGUGAAUGCACACAACAUGGAAUCUCCCUUGUCAAGGCGUCAGCUACAUCUUUGGCUAUUCUGAAUAUGCAAAGUUGAAUAGAGAGUGGGAGGAGCCGCACAGAAUGUAUCAUUUCGAGCUCUUACUAGUUUCAUACUAACAGACUGUAUGAUUUGUUUUUAUUGUUAUGUUUUUUAUUUUUCAUUGUAUGAAUUAUUGUUUCUUUUGAAUUAGACAUUUAGAUUAGAAUGUUGUCCAUCUCUGUCGAUUGUAUAUGUCUUUCAUUUGAUGCUAAGAGUUAGCUUUGUGAAGCAUUUUGUUUAUUUAUGGUCUUUUUUUAUCUAGUUUGUACAUUGUAAAAUAGAAACACUGAGGAGAAAUUGUAAUGAUUGCCAUAUUGCAUUGCAAUAAAUGCCAAAACCCAUCCAUGUAUGUAGGUUUUAAUUGUGUUUGAAUGGAAAUUUUGCAUUGUAAUGUAUUUAAUGUAUGGUAUAGAUAGCACUGUAGACAGGAUAUCAAAUGAAGCCUCAAAUGCUUUAUGUUUAUCAUUUCUGAGUUUGG